AUUUUCACUGCUAUGACGCAGGACAGUUUAUGUAAUGAUGCUUACAGUAAAGUUUUGCUGCAGGAGAUUGUCUUAUCCAACAUGUGUCAGAUUUGUGUGGACAUGUCGAAGUUGUUGGGAAAUGUUUCUUGUAUAUUUUAGAUUAUAUUCAGAUGUAGAUGGUUUAAUUAUACAUGAGGUUGUCUGCUGUAUGCGGGUGUUGUGGCAGGCAUCUCUGUUAUAAAUCCUCUGCUCGUGGUUUUAAAUAAAACCCCACGGUUGGUUUUGGCCUCUGGCUUUUUACGCAGGAUCCAUGUCUGCGAUGCGUUUGUCCAGUGUUUGCAUGAGCUUGUCAAUGGCAGUUAACACAGCACAGCUGAUUAAUACGGCAGUGCGCUGUGUGUCAGAUGAGUUCAAUGUGGUGUUGGAAGACUAAAGAGGCUAAAGAUGGUUUGGAAUUGUUGCCACGUCCUGGUACAUUUCAAAAUCUGUCUUUUCUCUCUUUGAAAUCAGCUGUUCUCAAAUGUAUGAACAUGGUGUGAACUGAAAAUGAGCUUUGUUCACGAGCACAGCCGUGCGUCUUGGGUUUCUUCUGUUUAUAAGAGAGACAUAACCGGGUUUCACUGAUGCACAGGUCAUGUGUUUUAUAUGCAGCCUCGAAUGUCCGCAGAGCAGCGGCUCGUCAGUGCUCGGGCAGGAGCUUGUGCACUCACUGUUAUCCUUUUUACAUGAUUUGGAUAUUCUUAUAUUGUGCAUUUACACUUUUUGUUGUUGCAUAAGCCUAUUUUUUAUUUUUAUCUUCAUCCUUUUUAUUUGGAUGCAUCACGUGUGAUUCAAAAAACAACAUAUUUGUGUCACAGAUUGUCAGAAACAGUCUUUUGUUUGUGAAAUCUGGAUUUUCUCAGAGCUGGAUUUUCACAUUCACUCUCUUUCAGAGGACGAUUUUUUUUCUUCCACAUGCAGGAAAGCCUCACCCACAUAAGUUUGGCCUCAUGCAGUAAACAAGCUAGUUGAUUGGUUUUGCUUUAUAUACUGUGAUUUAAUAAGGAAAACACCAACGUAAGCCAGUCCGACCAGCGCUGGUGGUACCAGUGCCAUGCUUUCCAUUGGUUCCUGUUUACAUGAUGCCCACAGGACACGCGGUGAUUGGUGGCGCCUCACACGUGACCAGGCAACUUUGUACAUUUGACAGGGAGUAGGAGGGUUUUGUGGAGAUCAGAAAAACGACAGCGCGAUAAAAAUUAGUAUUGUUGCACUUCACAAAUUAAUGACCAUGAGUUCCUACUUGAUAAACUCCAACUAUAUCGAGCCGUCCUUUCCUCCAUGCGACGAAUAUCAGCAGAGCGGAUACAUCCCCAAUCCCGGUGAUUACUACGAGCGGCCAAAGGAUACGGGCUUCCCCCAUCACGACGAGCCAUCCUAUCCGAGGUCAAACUACACGGAAUCGGGAUACGACUACGGCAACGUCCCCGCCACCGGACUCGAUGAUUUCGGCGACGGGCACCACGCACAACCGCAGCCGGUUCCACAGAGCCACGGUCCUCGCCUCACCGCGGCCCCAGACGGUGGCGCAGGAGCAAAUGCCAGCAAAGACUGCAGCCUUGCCAGUGAGGUAUAUCCCGGCGUAGCGAAGGGCAAGGAGCCGGUAGUCUAUCCCUGGAUGAAAAAGGUCCACGUUAGCAACGUCAAUCCCAAUUACACUGGAGGAGUGCCCAAGAGGUCCCGCACUGCCUACACCCGCCAGCAGGCUCUGGAGCUGGAGAAGGAGUUCCAUUUCAACCGGUACCUGACCCGGCGCAGGCGGGUGGAGAUUGCGCACACUAUGUGUCUGUCUGAGCGUCAGGUCAAGAUCUGGUUUCAGAACCGGAGGAUGAAGUGGAAGAAGGAGCACAAGCUCCCCAACACCAAGAUCCGCUCCUCCACCUCGGCCUCAGCCUCGGGGCCCCAGCAACAGCAGCAGCAGAUCAAAACAGGCCAGCAGCUUGUCCCCACGCCGUGCACCGCAGGUCUAUAGUGCAUGAACGAACCCCACCCCACAAAAACCCAAUCCAGACUGAGAUGGCAAAUAACACAAGUGGGAUUUGUUGGACCAAUUCUCAGUAUUUUACACACAUGGUGUUCUCUCUUUCACCUUGCCUCUGCCAUUGGGCCCCUGUCACGUCCUUUGUACCCUUUCCCUCUCCGCUUGUCCUUGCCGUCUUCAUAUAAGCUUGAAAUUCACCUUUAAAUGCCACGGUGGCAACUGAAGUGUUUAUAUAUUUGUUUAUUAUUAUGACAGAAGGAUUACGCACACUCAACCAUAGGACUUGGAUCAAAAAUGUAUCAUUACAGUUAAAAUUGAGUGAGGUAAAAGUACGUUUGAGCUCAUUUUUAUAUGUUCCUUUUUUGAAUAUUGUUUUUUUUUCUGUUUUGUAUUAUUGCUCAUGGAAAGUUCUAAUAUACUUGAAAGAUAUUUAGCGAGAAUCUAUAGAUGCCUGUUUAGAAAACCAGGCGGCUGUUUUAGAGGUAUGGCAUCAGCCAGAGUAACAGUGUAGUUUGUGUGUUUGAGUGAGUUGGUUUACUGUUGAAUGUAGUCCAGGUGACUUUCACAUUUAAUGUACAUAGACAAAUCAUAAUGAAGGCACAAUAAGAAAAGCAUUUCGUCCAGUAGAAUUAUGUUUGUUGGUGUCGUAAGGUGUAGUUUUAUUUGUGCUAGUGCGUCCCAUGUUGUGUUGUUGUUCUAAACUGUGAAUAUUUGUAUGUGUUGUCUCAGUAAUGACCGUUGUGAUGUAGGUUAGUGUAGGAUCAACUUGUCCUUGUGAAAUAAAUAUGUACUUCACAUUUCAA